AUGAAAAGAGAAGUAGCUAAAAGCGAUGCUCAAAUUGCCCCUUUUUGUGAUGGAGUUUUCACAAGGGCGACGGCGUCGUUUCUGGUUACAGAUGAUCUGCAGAUACUCCCUAAUGCUGGGCUCUUGCAAAUUGUCAGUGUUCUUGGUGUUGCAGACUUGGAUGAGGCUGAGACUAUCAACGUUACCUUUGGAUUAUUUGAUGUCUUGGAGUUGCUCGAGGCAUCGUUGAUUUGCACGAAUCCAUUGUCCGUCGUCAUACUCCACGAAGGAGGGGAAUACGAAGAGCAGAGUCCAUCACCAGCUGCAAAUGCAUCGAUUUCAAACUCCAAAACGAUGAACUUAAAACUUAUGGUACAAAAGUCCACCAACAAGUUGCUGUAUGCUGAAGCCGAGGAAGAUUUCGUAGAGUUUCUAUUCAGUUUCCUCGUAAUCCCACUAGGACGCGUCGUGUCCCUUCUGUCGCGUAACUCAAACCUUAAACCGAUAGACAGCUUGUACAAGAGUGCAGAUGAUCUUAUCCAUCACAAGUAUUUCAUCAACUUUGAUGCAAAAAAUAGGUUAAUUCAGCCCAACAUACCUCAUGGUUAUAUCUCUAAUGACCACAUUUUCCCUCUCACUGAAGAAUCCUUGCCUGAUGCCUACAGCAGUAGUUACAGUUGGUUUCCUUCUGCUAUGUUACCCAAAAGGAAAGUGAGUUAUCUUAUAGGGCCAAGAACUUAUAAGGUGAGUGAUGAUUUAACCGUGACGCCUUUUUGUAUUGUCUCCAUUCUUUCCAGUCUCAAUAAGCAGAAAAUCGCAGUAACUGAUGUUGAAGAAGUGGAGCUGCAAAUCGGAUUGAAAGAGGCUUUGAGCAUACUGAAAGCAUCUCUUACAUCCACCACUGCUCUCUCCGACGCCUUGCUGAGUCGAACAUUGAACAGAAAACCAAAGAAAGAAGUCUGAUCUUAUAUUGUUUUUAUGUUCUAAUUUGUGACAAUCUUCUGAUCUUAUGGCUUAGAUUUAGAUCCUUUGCUCAACAUCUUAUUCGUAUUUUUGCUUCUGAGACAUCCGAGCUUAUGAAUACUUCUACUCAUUAGAAAUUAGAUCAAUACCGAAUGAAUUUUCGACUGCUAAUUAAAUUCUA